UUGUAUUUUUGGUAUUUGGAUCCAACGGCCCACCUAGUUUCAUAAAACACUUUGUGAAACAAGGAUAAAAGAAAUAAGCCCUAAGUCUUAAAGAUCGAGGUGGAUCGUUCCGUUCCCUCUCUUUAACGUGUUCGCCGUUGAAGGCUGCCGAUCCGACGUAGUCAUAAACAAUGGGCCGCAAAGCUGAUGCGCUUUAUAUAAAUCCAAAGAAAUUUGGCUCUCUUACAAAACCUUGCAUGAAGGAAAUGAUAUCAUUCCUAAAUUGCAUGGCUCUUAACAAGGUUAAUGAUGAAAAAUGCGUCCGGCAGAAGGAUCUUUUGAGUGCUUGCAUGGAUGCUCAGUCUACCAAGAAUAGGAAGCCAUGGGGCAGCAUUAAUUACCACUUGCAGAGGCUUAACAGGGGAAGGAAGUAAUGUGGGUUUUCUUUAAAGAUGAAUGUUGAAUUUAUGCAUCAUUCUUCUAGUUCAUCACUUCUAGUAAGAUGAUGUGCAUUAGGUUGUAGCUACAGAGAACAUUCAUUUGUAUUUUUUUUUUCUUGCGGUUGGUUGAAAUUUUGGAGAAAGAUGCUCAAUGUAGCUUAAACCAAUUCCUGUCACUUCAAAGAGUAGCAAUAAAUUGGAUUAUAUACCAGA